AUGCCCACCGGCACCAUCCCUGCAGACUUUCACCCCGCCUUGCUUGUAAUCGACAUGCAAAACGACUUUUGUCCUCCGGAUGGCUCCCUGGCUGUGACCGGGGGACGAGAUAUCGUACCUUGCAUAAAUAAACUACUCUCUACCCCCGCUUUCGCCCUACGAGUGGCGACAAAGGAUUAUCACCCCACCGACCAUAUAUCGUUUGCCUGCAAUCAUCCCGCGCCCGACAACGUACCUUUCACUAGCUUUGCCCGCGUUAUCAACCCCAACAAUACGGAGGAGUCUUACACCACGAGGCUAUGGCCGGAGCACUGUGUCCAAGGCACCGACGGUGCCGAACUUGUCAAUGGGCUCAACAUAGACGCCGUCGAUCUGAUUAUCGAGAAAGGGCAAGAUAAACGGGUGGAGAUGUAUUCUGUAUUCUAUGACCCAUUCAAAGUCAGCGAAAGUACGGCCACGGCGGCACUCAAAGAGAAGGGUGUCACUUGGGUGUAUGUUGUUGGCCUGGCGUAUGAUUAUUGCGUAAAGGCCAGCGCGUUGGAUGCUAGGACCGAGGGCUUCGAGGUUGUUGUAGUGAAAGACGGAACCAGAGCUGUGGAUGCAUCGAAACAAAAUCUGGACGAGGUCGAUGAUCAACUCCGCCAGGCGGGUGUGAGGGUCGUGAGCAUGGAUGACGAGGAAAUGGGUUGGUUGUCUUUGUGA